CUCCCAUCUUCGAAUCCUGCUCAAAAAUGGAUGUGUUUCAAGACAAGCAGGCGCGCGGCCGCUGCUGCACGAACACGCUGUGUUCCAUGCAUGGAGAGUCAGAUGUUCAGAGAGUGCGAGAGGCCGUCGAGACGGAUCUUCAUAGGCGAGAGUUGCAUAGACAGUACUCAGGCCAGCAGUCAAGGUGAGGGCCUCUCGCUAAACGUCUCGUGCUGUCGCACGCGGCCGGGACGGCGAUACAGUGAGUUGGUCUCGAUG